GAACGUAGCAAAGGCUACUGGUGACGGAGCAGAGGCAGAAGAGCGGCGGGGAGCUGCCAGCAUCGUCUCAGACCGUCGCAGGACAGAAAGCUCCGUAUCAGCGGAGAUAUGGAGACACCGGGGAGAAUAGCAGCCACACCGGACGCCCUGGACUUUACGGUGGAAAACGUGGAGACGGCACUCCACCAGUUGUACUAUGACCCUAAUAUAGAAAACAAGAAUCUGGCCCAGAAAUGGCUAAUGCAGGCUCAGGUCUCGCCUCAGGCCUGGCAGUUUUGCUGGGCCCUCCUGAGCCCAGAAAAGGUUCCAGAGAUCCAGUACUUUGGCGCUAGUGCACUUCACACCAAGAUCUCUCGGUACUGGUCAGAUAUCCCCACAGACCAGUAUGAGUCUCUGAAGAGCCAGCUGUUCUCCCAGAUUGCCUGCUUCUCCUCUGGCUCCAAGAUGGUGCUCACAAGGCUGUGUGUGGCAUUGGCCUCUCUGGCACUCAAUACCAUGCCUGAGGCCUGGCCUGGCGCAGUGGCAGAGAUGGUGCGAGUGUUUCAGGAGGACGGGGGAGGAGUGGACGGACGGGCACGCUGCCUUGCAUUGCUAGAGCUGCUCACUGUCCUGCCUGAGGAGUUCCAGACCAGCCGUCUGCCCCAGUACCGGAAAGGACAGGUUCGGGGAGCCCUGGGACGGGAGUGGGGGUCAGUGUGUCCCUUACUGCAACAACUACUGCGGCGGACAGACAGCCCGGGAGCCGUGAAAGCUCGCGUGCUACGUUGCCUGUCAUCGUGGGUGCUGCUAGAUGUGCCCCUCAGCGAGAGUGAAGGCCUGGUGCACGACUGCUUUAGUGCCCUGCCCGACCCAGAGCUCUUCGACACAGCAGUAGAGGCAAUAGUCAAUGCCAUCUCGCAACCCGACUCCCAAAGAUAUGUGAACACUUUGUUGAAACUGGUCCCUCAAGUGCUGGCACUCCAGGAGCAGCUCAGAGAGGCUGUUCAGAAUGGAGACAUGGAAACCUGCCACGGUAUCUGCCGGAUCGCCGUCACAUUGGGAGAAAACCACUCCAGGACUCUGUUGGAGCAGGUGGAUCACUGGCAGAGCUUCUUGGCUUUAGUCAACAUGAUCAUGUUUUGUACAGGCAUCCCUGGCCACUACCCAGUCAAUGAGACAACGAGCUCCCUCACACUCACCUUUUGGUACACGUUACAAGAUGAGAUCAUGUCAUUUGAGUCAGACAAACAGGCCGUAUAUCUGCAGGUCUACAGGCCAGUGUAUUUCCAGCUGGUGGAUGUCCUGCUGCACAAAGCCCAGUUCCCCUCUGAUCAGGAGUAUGCAUCCUGGUCCUCAGAUGAAAAAGAGCAGUUCCGAAUCUACAGAGUGGAUAUCUCAGACACACUCAUGUAUGUGUAUGAAAUGCUGGGAUCUGAGCUGCUGAGUAACCUGUAUGACAAACUGGGAAGAUUGUUGACUAAUGCAGAGCAGCCUACAUCAUGGCAGCACACAGAAGCUUUGCUGUAUGGCUUCCAGUCCAUAGCAGAGACGAUAGAUGUGAAUUACUCUGACGUUAUCCCAGGCUUGAUAGGUCUCAUCCCCAGAAUCAACAUCAACAACGUCCAGUUAGCAGACACAGUGAUGUUCACAAUAGGUGCUCUCGCUGAAUGGUUGGCAGACCACCCAGUGAUGCUUAGCAGUGUCCUUCCCUUGGUGCUACAAGCUUUAGGAAACCCAGACCUUUCUGUGUCUUCAGUGUCAACCCUCAAGAAAAUCUGUAGGGAGUGCAAAUAUGACCUACCCCAAUAUGCGACAAACAUAGUCGCUGUCUCACAGGAGGUGCUUAUCAAGCAGAUACACAAGACAAGUCAGUGUAUGUGGCUCAUGCAGGCUCUUGGCUUUCUGCUCUCUGCUCUCCCCGUGGAAGACAUCUUAAGAAACCUUCACUCUCUCAUAACCCCCUACAUUCAGCAACUGGAGAAACUAGCAGAUGAGACGCCUAAUCCUUCUAAUAAGUUAGCAAUCAUCCACAUCCUGGGGCUGCUGUCCAACCUAUUCACUACGCUCGACAUUAGCAAGCAGGAUGACGAGUCAGCGGAUGGCUCAGCACCACCUGUCAAAACAGCCCCACCUCCACCAGGACCAAACCCGGUCGUGGUUGUUUUGCAACAAGUUUUUGCUCUCAUACAGACGGUACUCAGCAAGUGGCUCAACGACUCACAGGUUGUAGAGGCGGUGUGUGCCAUCUUUGAGAAGUCAGUGAAAACUCUCCUUCAUGACUUUGCUCCCAUGGUUUCUCAGCUAAGUGAGAUGCUUGGGCAGAUGUACAGUACCAUUCCGCAGGCUUCAGCCCUUGACCUCACCCGACAGAUGGUGCAUAUCUUUGCCAGUGAGACAGACCACUUCCCACCCAUCAAGGCUCUGUUUGAGCUGGUUACUUCGGUAACACUGUCCAUCUUCCAGCAAGGACCCAGGGAUCAUCCUGAUAUUGUUGAUUCAUUUAUGCAACUCCAAGCUCAGGCCCUCAAACGGAAGCCCGAUUUGUUCUUGUCUGAGAGCCUCGACGUGAAAGCAGUGUUCCACUGCGGAGUUCUGUCACUCAAAUUUCCUGAGGCUCCGACUGUCAAGUCAACGUGCUUGUUCUUUACUGAACUAUUACCCCACUGCUCAGACGUGCCUCCAUUAGCCAGAGUGGUGCAGGAGGACGGCAAGCUGUUGGUACAGGCCGUUCUGGAGGGCAUUGGAGGUGGGGCGUCUCGGAGUCUGAUGGACCAGUUUGCAGAUGUGCUGUUUUGUCUGAACAAGCACUGCUUCUCUCUUCUCGCCGUGUGGUUGAAAGAGGCGCUGCAACCUCCAGGAUUCCCAUCAUCACGGAUCACAGCUGAGCAGAAAGAUAACUUUUCACACCAGAUACUCAGAGAGCGAGUGAACAAGAGGAGGGUGAAGGAUAUAGUGAAGGAGUUUACGCUACUGUGCAGAGGUCUCCAUGGUACAGAGUACGCCGCUGAGUACUGAAACUCUACCCUUGAACUUUUACCUAACCAUGACCUGUCUUCAGUGCAAAACAGCUGGAUGCCACAACUACACAGUUCUCUUGAACCCCUUCAGCGAAGAUAUCAUGAAAUGAUUGUAAUGUAACCGAACCCGCUGCAGAACAAGACAUGAAACCACUCCAGUGCAGACGCGCCAUUGGAUUAAUGGACAAACAUUAAAUCCAUGGCUCUAGAGAGGCCAUGAUUUCUUUUUUCUUUUUUUGUUAUAACCUUGAUUGUUUCUCUCGCCCACUUGCCUCUCUUCUCUUACUUAAAGGUCUUUUGUUAAGUCAAGCUUUGAGGAGAAGUGCUGCCACACAUCUCCUUUUCUCUCUGUCUUGUUCUGCCUUUCUAGAUCUUCCUGUGGUUCCUAGAUUGUUUCCUGGUGAUUAGCAUCCAUAUGAAAUGGUAGUGGUAUCGUACGUAGCUACUUAACAUUAUUUUCAAAAUGAAUCAAAUUAAUUAUAUAAAUGUAUAUGUAUGCACAUAUAUUAAGACAGUGGUUUUCAGUCCUGCUGCUGCUAUAAAGAAAGGAGAAAAGGACCAAUCUUAGGGGGAGAGGCGGGGGAUUCUGCAGGAAGACUGACGUCGAUAUAAUAUUUAGUCCUACUCAUGCCCCUUGUGAUCUCUGCAUUUGCCAAAUUAUCAUGGAUCUUUCAUUUUUGUGUUUUGUUUUUAAAUAAAUGCCUUUUAUGGGAUUUAUAUGGAGACAGAAAGCUGAAGACCACAUUAACUUGGUCAGUCUUGCCCUGCCCAUUGUGUACAGGGCUGUACCUCAUGUACAUAUGAUUCCACCCAGUCAUAUUGCAGUCUCCUCAGGUUUGUAGAUAGUGGGUAAUGCAGUGGUCCCUUAGGUGAAGCAGGGCUGCCUACAAUAACAAAAUGAAAGGAAAAUAAAUUGUAGUUGCUGGAAGAGAACGCAGCCCAAGAUGUAAAUGAAGAAGGGACUGCUGGGAGGGAAUAAUAAUCCUGACGGUGGACUGCUUAGUCACUGUAAUUGUGCAAAAAUAUUAAUCAACUUGUGCAUAUUAACAGUUAUUGCUGAACACUUAUGUGUAUUUGAGUGUAUGCGUGUGUUCAUACCUGUAUGUAUGAGAGGUUGUGCAUGAAUGUGUGCGCGUGUGUCUGCACAGAUUAUAUCUUUUUCCACUUGUUUAGUGCACUUAUAUCAGACCUACAGUUCACAUGCAUAAUUUCUGCCGGUUUUUUAAAGAAAGAGCCCAGUCAUCCAUUCGUAUCUUCAUACCACUCUUAUUCAGCUUACUCUCUUCAUUAAAACUGACCAUGCACGGCCAAAUAUUUCACCUAUGCUGCUCACCAGCAACCACACCCAUCUAUUAAACCUCCUUUUCAUGUGGAAAAUCAUUGCUGAGAUUCAUCCGUCUUAUCUGUUAUUGACACCAACUACUGCUCUUAACGAACUGCUUGCAAACAAGCUACCCAGAAUCCUUUUACCCACCUGGGUCACUGCCUUGGAGAGGACCGAGAAGGAUUAGAGAGUUCAGUAACAAAUUGCAAGACCGCUGAGAAAGUUUUUUUUGAAACCGACAUUCUGUGCUCAUCUAAUAUGCCUGAGACAUUAUUGGUGAAGUGAUGCGAGGGCUGUAAAAUACACUGUCUAGUGAAUCAGCAGGACCAGCUGACACCUAAUAACACUCAGCAUUUGAAAUGUACUUUGUGGUCUCUGAUAAAACUUUAUCUCAGUCUAAUCCUUCUGUCUUAUCCGCGGUGCCUGCAGACAUGUAGCAUGUAUGUGUUUUUGUGGGGAGGGGGUGGGUGGGGGCGAGGUAGGGUAGAGAUGCGAUUUGUGGAGUGAGAUCCGAGGCAUGAAUCGGCUUUGGAGUGAGCUGUUCUGCUUCAGAGUCUGAUAUGAACUGUGACGUUGAACGCCGAUCCUCUGUCGGUGUUUCGCUCUUACUCUGAGGCGAGGAAAUGAACAAUGUUUGUCACAGUUUAAAGAACGACUUGUAGGUGGAGGGGAGGGAGGUAUGAAAUGUACUUGGUUUUUUUUGUACCUUGGCUUUAAUUUAUUAAAUAUAUCUAAGACUGCAA